AUGGCGGCGGAGAAGGGGCGGUCGCUGGCGGAGACGCCCACCUGGUCCGUGGCCACCGUCACCACGCUCAUGGUCGCCGCCUGCUUCCUCGUCGAGCGAUCCCUCUCGCGCUUCGCCAAGUGGCUGCGCAAGACCAAGCGGAAGGCCAUGCUCGCCGCGCUCGAGAAGAUCCGUGAAGAGCUGAUGCUGCUUGGAGUCAUCUCGCUGCUGCCCAGCCAGACGGCGCGCUUCAUAUCGGAGAUCUGCGUGCCGUCCUCGCUCUUCACCAGCCGCUUCUACAUCUGCUCCGAGAACAACUACGACGACCUGCUGCGCAACACGGACGCCAACCAGACGGCGCUCGACAAGAGCAUGUUCGGUGGCCAGCGGCUGCACGUCUGCAGCGAGGCUCCUAGUUCAGUUUUGGUGCAGCUACAGCACACUGCCGCUGAAUGUGAUUAUUUCUCAGACGGGUUCCAAGUUCAAGAAAUCACUGGUCUCGGAGAACGUGAGGGAGUCGCUUCACAGCUGGUGCAAGAGGGCAAGGACAGGAGCCGGCACGGGACCCUCACGACCAGAUCCGUCUGCUCCCUGGACACCACCUACGAGCCGGAUCACGAGACGAACACAGUGUGCACGCUGUCGAGGACGGCGUCGGCGACGUCGCUGGACGACCAGCUGACCGUGGCCACCGUCGACGACGAGCCGUCCUGCAUCGAGAAGGAUGUCUGA